UUUUCUUCGCCACCAACCUUUUAUAAAAUGCGGCCAAUAAAUGUUCCUUCCUUUUAUCUCUUUAAACAUACACUCUUCUCACUUUCACUUUCACAUAUGCACUGGUAUAAGGGUGCUGCAGAGAAUGGCUGCUGGAGUGUAUAACCAAGCAAUUGGUGCUUUUCAAUCCAAUUCUCACAUCAACAAUUUUAAUCACCAGCAUAAGUUGAACAACAUUGGAAGACUAGCAGUGACAAAGGAUUUUAUCAGAAGUAACCGUUUAUCAAGAAGGAAUUUUAAUGUAAUUCAAUGUAUAGAAUCAAAAACAUCUGUGGUUGACUUGGUAUCAUCCCCUUCAAGAAGCAAAAACAGUGACAGAGACACUCACAAAAAAUCAAAUGAAGCUGCUCUGAUCCUUGUUCGACACGGCGAGUCCUUGUGGAAUGAAAAGAACUUGUUCACAGGUUGUGUUGAUGUUCCCCUCAGCAAGAAGGGUAUUGAUGAGGCAAUUGAAGCAGGCAAAAGAAUUAGCAGUAUUCCUGUGGAUCUCAUCUUUACAUCUGCUUUGAUUCGAGCACAAAUGACAGCCAUGCUUGCCAUGACACAGCACCGCCGCAUGAAGGUGCCUAUCAUAAUGCACAAUGAGAAUGAACAAGCAAGGGAGUGGAGCCAAGUUUUUGGUGAAGAUACAAAAAAGCAUUCCAUUCCAGUCAUAUCAGCCUGGCAAUUGAAUGAAAGAAUGUAUGGGGAACUACAGGGUCUAAAUAAACAAGAAACAGCAGAAAGGUAUGGCAAAGAACAAGUUCAUGAGUGGCGUCGAAGUUAUAACAUACCUCCCCCAAAUGGUGAAAGUUUGGAAAUGUGUGCUCAAAGGGCAGUUGCCUAUUUUAGAGAACAGAUUGAACCUCAACUUUUAUCUGGAAAGAAUGUUAUGGUUUCUGCUCAUGGGAAUUCACUGAGAUCCAUUAUUAUGUAUCUGGACAAACUAACUUCCCGGGAGGUGAUUAGUUUAGAAUUAUCAACUGGAAUUCCAAUGCUUUAUAUUUUCAAAGAAGGAAGAUUCAUUAGGAGGGGAAGUCCUACAGGACCAACUGAAGCUGGAGUUUAUGCCUACACCAGGCGUUUGGCUCUUUACCGACAGAGAUUGGAUGAUAUGCUUCAAUAAUGUUUUUCUAAGUAUGAGGGAAUAUACAUCUGUAACAAGUGCAACUGAGACCGGUAACAACAAAGUUCAUAAUAGAGGGGCAGAAGAGUUAAUUACUGAUGCAAUUCAGCAAGGACACCUAGCAAAUCAUGGAGGCAAGAAAAGCACGAGAAUUAAAAUAACUAACUCUAGGUUGAAGGAUUUUGAUUGUUCAAAAGUUUAGUAUAUAUUCUGUUUGUUGUGGUGAGAGAAAGGGAGGAUGGUUUUGCUAUGAACUUCUCUCUCUGGACCUAUUUCUCAUAUUAAGUUUUUGUUCAUACUGUUUUGGGUCAUUUUCUGCAAUACUCAUUAUUUGAUGAGUACUUUCUGAAAUUCAAUAAUACUACUAUAGAGAAUUGAAUUUG